AUGUUCAAUCUGCGCUCGAUCGUCCUACUCGUGAUAUCCUACGUCGUAAUCCCGCGCCUGACGUUUCUCCCUCAGAAUGUCCACUCGAUCCUCAUAAUCUUCGGGCCCUUCCUCAUACCCCGCGUCCUGGAUUGGAUAAAUCUCGCGCGCGCAACUGGACGAAGCGUACCAGUACGGCCGACGCCUCCAAGGGUCCAGUAUGCGCUGAACCUGCUCUUUUUGAGCGCCGUCGCGUGCUUCGUCCUUUCCUUCUCCCGGUUCGCGCCUGAGAACAUAUUCCUCAAGACACAGAGUCACAUCCGAACGGAGACCAGUGUCUUAUUUGCACGGCUACGGCACCUCCGUCCGCUUACAGACGAAGACGAUGCGUUACGGACAAAGUUUAACUGGAGUGUGCGCAAUAAACUGCUGUACCUGGCAUAUGGUCCGGACACGCUGUUGAACUGUGUGUGGUGCACCGCAUCCGACGGAAAUGACCAGCAAAACUACUUUUUGUAUUCGCUGCCCAAGAUGGUCACGCCGCAUAUCUUCCAACUCGCUGUUCUUGGUCUUGCGACGUCAUCGCUUGUGGGAAGCGAAGGCUCGCGCUUUCGCACACAUGCAACGAUUGCGGGCUUGCUCUUGAUGGUGGUGGAAGUGUGGUACAUGGGCACAUACGACAUCACGCUCAACAAGCGAGCAAAGUAUGUGCAGGAUAUCGAUUCUGCACACUGGCGCGUUCGCUUCCUACGAUACAUCGCCUUCGCCGUGGUAGACAUGGGCUUUGCGUUUGUCCUCUGGGCUACCAGCACAAACCGCUGGCUCGCGAAGCCUGUUUCCAUCGCCGAGCGCAUUGAAAUAACUACACGAACGGCCGAGGACACGUUCAACAAGAUGCGCGCGCUUGCUUUGCUCACAAACUCUGUGAACCGCGAUCCCGCGUUGCGAGGUGUGCGAGAAGAAUACUGGAGGAUGGAGGGGCAGGUUACAGCGGAGGUGGUGCAGGAUGAACUCGUAAUGGAACAGAUCAAUUCUGCAAUUAGCAGAAUGGACUUUAGUACGCUUGAAGGUCGAGUUGGCGAGGUUGCAGAUGGAAUCAUGAAGGGCAUCGAUAGCUUGAGGGCAAGUCAAAUGCUGGCGGCAAGUCAUGUCACCGAAACGUCGUCAUCACCGGCAUCGUAG